UCGGCUGUUCGCUGACAGAGCGGUUCACUCCGACUCGCCUGCUUGCCCAACAAACUAUUGACCGAUAAAUAAACAACACAUUUUUAUUAAGGUUCAAAGGCUGAACAGACCUAUACGUCUUCAAUUUCCGCGUUUAUCACAUUAAUAUUAUUCGGAAGAUUUACUUUCGUAAGUCUGUGUACUGAGCAAUCACUUGUAUUGUUUAUGCGAAUAAACGUUCGUAUUGUCGCUGUUUGUGGGAAACCCGCGGGGUGUAUUUGCCAUUUUUACGACUGUAUCCUCUAUUAAGGUGUUACGCUGUAAGCUUCAUGCAAACAGUGGUGUUAUUAUGUGCAUUAGUGAGAUUCGUGUAUAGAGAUAUUGGCGUUAGUAGCGGGUGUGUAUAAAAGUGGGGUUCAGUGUCGGGGUGUCACAGUGUUGGGGUGCAGUGAUGAUGAGUGCCAAGUUGGUGACAGGUGACAGUGACAGUCGCGGCAGCAGCGAGUCCUCGGGCUCGGACAACUACGUGCUGGUGCCUCCGGAGGGGGGUUGGGGUUACAUCGUCUGUGUUGGAUUGUCUGUUAUUUUUAUUGCCGGUACAGCGCAUCAGCCGGUCUUUGGAUUCAUCUAUAAUGAUUUCCUGGACGAGUUGGGAGUCGGCACUGGCGCUGUCACCCUGGUAUACGGGGUGUUCCAAGUCACGUUAGCUAUUGCAGGUUUUUCCGCAAAUAUUGCGCUGAAGCGGUUGUCUCUUCGACAAGUCGGUUUGAUAGGAGCCGGCAUCUACACAUUGGCCUCAUUCUUGGCCAUUUUCGUCGAAUCCACGGCGCAGUUGAUCAUCACAAACGGGCUGCUCCAAGGCUUAGGAAUGGGCCUGCUAAUCCCAGUCUCCUAUACGAGCUUCAAUAGCUACUUCACAAAGAAAAAAGUGCUCUAUCUGAGUCUGUGUAAGGCCUCUAUUGGCUUGAUAACGAUGGUGUAUCCGUUGUUUAUUAAGAUGACGAUGGCGGAGUACGGGUUCCGGGGCACGCUCGCUAUUAUAUGCGCGAUCUCGGCCCACAGUAUAUUUGGCGCCAUUGUGCUACAUCCAGUCGAGUGGUAUAUGGUCAAGCAACCGAAAACUUGUGAACAAAUAGUUCUCAUACCACCGACACCAGCAGUUAAAGACAGCGACUUCGAUUUCCCCUUAAAGAACGGCAAUGGAAAUUUAAAGAUUGAGAGCGCGCGAUCAGUCGAGAACAUGUUCCAACCGCGAUUAAACGACAAGAGGAAAGGAUCUCAGCUGUUGUUUGUCACGAAACUUGGAGAUGAUAGGCGACUGAGUAUACCAGUGGUUCUGAUACCCGAGAGUAACUGUAAUAGCAAGUUUAACUCUCAAGACAACGUGUAUGUGGAGAAUUUAUACAAGGCGGCGUCGGUGCACAGCCUCGGACACUUCGGUAGUAUUGCGGCCGAGCCUAUGCCGAUCAUAAAGAACAAGGAAGGGAAAUGGCAAACAGUGGUGGAGUUCCUGGACCUCUCCCUCCUGAAGGACCCCGUGUAUGACAGCAUCAUAUUCGGAAUGGCACUCACUUUCUUCGCAGACCUGACCUUCUUCACUUUAGAGCCCUUAUUUUUGGACAGAAACAAUCUGAGCCGGACAGAAAUAGCGAACAUAAUAGCCAUCGGAGGAGCCUCCGAUAUGGUGGCGCGGCUUCUGCUGGGCGUCGGCGGGCAGUUCUUCGCCAUGAACAGCCGACACAUGUUCUUCUCUGGGGCUCUGUUCGCCGCCAUCUUUAGAACUGUGUUCAUUCAGUUCACCACCUACACGCCUCUGCUAAUCCUGACCGGCAUCCUGGGAGCCCUGCGCUCAUUGGUCCACAUCUCUCAGCCAAUCGUGAUGGCGGAACAUGUCCCCAUAGAGAGGUACCCUCCGGCGUAUGGACUCUACAUGCUGCUAGCUGGAGGGCUGAGCUUGAGCGUCGGCCCUAUGAUUGGGUUCAUCCGAGACUUCACGGGUAGCUACGUGAUAGCCUUCAACAUGCUGACAGUGUGCAACCUCUGCUGCGUGGUCCCGUGGGGCAUCGAGGCUCUGCUCGCGCGCAGAAGAAGUCAAAGGGAAAAACAUCUCCAAACGUGAUUGAAGAUCAAGACUGAGCUUAAUUUGGUUAGUUUUAAAGACCUAGUGUACCGUCGGUUCGUUAUAUAACCAACCUGUUGUGGAUCACGCUAGGCUCACAUGGCGGCACGCGCUUCGUGGUUUGGUCUCGCCGCUUCAAGGAUGGUUCAGAGUUAUGUAAUCAGGCGGUUGGGCUGAAUGACGUAGGAAAUAAUUUGAUAUCUUUGACCUAAGGUAUUUGCUCUGAAUGAGGUAUUUGAUAGCUACAGGAAAUUAAUAAUUAUAAGUAUAUUUAUUAAAGAAUCGGUGGCGGACGACAUGGGUUUGCAGCGGAUGUCCCAACGUUAGUACCUAACACUGGUUUCUAUGUGAAAAAAGUAUAGGAUUAAUUUUAGUAAUACAUACAUAGAAAACAGGAGUGACGUUGCGACAUUUAGCUGCAAGUUCAAAUCGUUGGCGGCAGUUGGCACCUCAAGGGUCUUGAGAAUUUGACUUUUAUUUCAUGAAUAGGGAGGCUUAUCGCCUUGUAGAGAGACACCUUCUAUGAAAUUAAACCUACAUGGUGUACCCUUUUGUAACACCCUGUAUAGAAAUCUAUACAAUGUAUGUAGAAUAUCGUUGUAUUUCCUCGCCUGUGGAGACAAUUACGUAAGGUAAAACUUAACUAGUACCUACUGAAAUGCUUUUAACUCUGGUUAGACUGGCUAACUUAAGGUGGGCCCUUGUGUUGUUUCUAGUCAAAAAUUUGAUUAAAUGUCUAUUAUUGACGUGAAAGCCGCCAAAAAUGUGUGUAUUUACUAAUUAUAAUGUUAUGGACGUUUACGGUCUAAUAUAAUUUAUGUACAUAAGUCAGCAGUCAGUACCUUUCUAAGUAUUAGGUUAAAUUAUAUUUAAGAUAAUUAUAAAUAUUAUUAUUAACAUGUAAAUAAAUGAAUAUAUUAAAUAAG